CUUCAAAGUACGGCAAUCCUCGACGCGUACCGACUCGUCAACACAGAGGCCUUGCAAACAUCACGAUCGUAUUGCCCAGGUGACUGUGUACACAGUUGAUGGUAUGCGCUUUAUCGAUGGCGACAGCAGACUGUCGGACCAUUUCACAGAAGCAACUGUUGCUUUAACAAUCUACAGACUUACUAAGUUUAAACCAUCACUAUAAUGUCAUUUUACUUACUCAGGCUGAAGAGGUAGAUCUUUGCGAUUGGUAGCGGCUUUGCUCACAAUGGGUUGGCCGGCACCAUCGGAGCCAUCGGAGCUGCCCCCUCCCGCUCCCGGUCCCACCAAUGACGGCACCAUUCACCUCUCCCCAAUAGCGGUGACCCUGGCAGCCGCCGUGCUUUCCAUUAACGCUAUCAUCUCUCUGAAGUUUAAGCUCGGGCUGCACACUCAAUUGGUGGUAGCAUCCGUCAGGAUGGUUGUGCAGCUGUCGUUGUUGGGCUACCUGCUGGUUCCAAUCUUCUCGUACGACAGGUGGUGGUUGGUUCUGGUGUACGGCGGGGUGAUGAUGGCAGUGGCUUCCCUGGAGGCCGUGCAACGCCCAAGUUACACAUUCCAGGGCAUGCUACCCAACACCCUACUCGCCAUGGCCGGCUCCUCCGGCCUGCUGCUGUCGUACACGGUUCUUGUCGUACUUUCCGUACGGCCGGUGUGGGAGGCGCAGUACGUCAUACCGCUGCUGGGCAUGAUCGCGGGCAACGCCACCACCGCCAUCAGCGUUGGGCUCAACGCCGUUACGGAGGACUUGGCAGCAAACCGUGCCGUCACCGAGUACCUGCUGGCCCUUGGCGCCAACCGCUACGAGGCCACCGAGGAGGCGGUGCGCAGGGCGCUCAAGGUGUCCAUGACGCCGCUACUCAACCAGAUGAGCGUCAUGGGGGUGGUGUCCAUACCAGGCAUGAUGACGGGCCAGAUUCUGGCCGGAGGCGACCCUGCACAGGCUGCUCGCUACCAGAUGGUUAUCAUGUUUGUCAUCGGCGCCGCAACCUGCCUCGCCUCCGUCACCUCCGUCUACCUCGCCGUGCUUCACAUCGUCGACUCCACUCACACGUUCCGAGCCGAGCGACUCAUUCGCAAGCAGCGCGCCGCCGGCGCCGCCGCGAUGUUGGCCGCAUGGCGGGCGGCGGCGCGCCGCCACUGGGCCAUUGCACGACGGAAGGGUACGGCACUCGGCAACUGCCUCGCCGCCGCCUGCUGCUGCUGCCUCUGCCCGCCGGUGUCGCCGCGGCGGACGCGAGCGGGAGUCGCUGACGGCAGCCGCCGCCUGAAUCCGUACGGCACCGGCGGCAGCGGCCCCGCCACCGCCUCCGCUUGGUUCUGGCCGUCGGCACGUGCGUCUGGCGGCGGCGCCGCCGCCGCCGCCGGUGGCGGCAGCGCUGCCACACCACUGCGCGCACCGCUACUUGGUCGCAGCGGCGCCGUCAGUACGGCAGUCGGUACGAACAGCGGCGGCUCAUCGUACGGCUACCUCUCGCACUCCGGCGGCGGCGGCGGUCACACGCUACAUGAGCGGUUGCUAAGCGCCGGCAGUGCCACGUCCAGUGUGCUAACGGCCGGCUUGGACGCCGGUCUAGCGUCGCCGCAGUCGCCUCGGUCGCUCGGUCUGCUGGGCGCGUCGCCGCCGCCGCAGACGCCGGCGGCAGCGACAGCUGCAGCAGCAACAAUGACGUUGCAGCCGCAGCCGCAACAGCUGUAUGCAGGGGGAGUACGAGGGACGGGCGGGCGGGGAGGUGGGGAGGGAGAGGAGAACGGCAGCGGCGGCGAAGCUGCUGGUGGCGGCGGAGGCGCCGGCGUGCAAGGAGGGUUGUACGACACAGAAGAGGGCGGUACGGCGGGCUUGCACGAGCAAGGACAGGGUUCAGCAGCUGCAGAGG